AUGCUGGCCGCCCAACAACGCGCGAGAUCGAGCUCCAACAACACCCCCGACGAGUCUUCGCGCCACAACACUCCGCCGCCUCAAUUACCCGCCAGAGGAAACAACCUCAGCGUGCCGGGCGAGGGACACAGCGCAGCGUACGGAUAUACCUCUGCCCCGGGCCUUGCGCCCUACUCGACCAGCCCUCGACCCCGCGCGCAUACCUAUGCCACCGAGCUCGCGAUGCAGUCACAGCAGGACCAGUUUCGGCGGGGCACGCCUGGCAACCCGGGGCAGCAAGGGUGGCCGGCUCCAGGUGCUCGUCAUGCGUCAGCGGGAGGACCAUAUCAAGGAGGAUUCAUACCGCCUCCACCACCGCCCUCUGCACCUCCGAAUUCAGGCAUGCAUAUUCCACCUCCGCCCCCUCGACCAAUGAACAGCUCCGCCCCUUCGAACGGGCCAUACAUGCCUCCCCCACCUGGUCCGCAAUGGGGAUAUGGAACAUACAAUCACCGACAGGCGACACACCCGGCGCCUAUGUAUCAGCAGCACCCCGCCCACAGAGAGCCGAAGAACUACGACCCUACAGCGUACGCCGAAUAUAUGCAUUACCCCCAGCCGCCCGUUGACCAGCCAUUGACAUCUGCGACUUACAUUCCAGGCGGCGAGAGCUUUGGGCCAGGUGUGGGGAUUCCUCCAUUGGAGUCUCAGCGAAUGCAGAGCAGCCAGUCCAGACCGUCCACCACGCAAGCUUCGCAAUAUGGUGGAGCUUGGGGUAAUGAGGAUAGGUUCGGGGUGAACGACUUCACCAGCACCUGGUUCAACAACCAUCAAACUUACCAACAGCCUCCGCCGCCCCAGCAGACCAGCAACUUUCCACCUCCCACGCCAACAGCUCGCCAGAAUACGAUCAUCCUGCCACCCGCCAACGAAAAGCAGGAAUAUCGGUCUUCGCCAGCGCAAGAGCGUGCUCCUCUGCCAUUCCGCCACCAGUCGUCAAAGUCCAAUCAAGAUUCUUCUUCGAACCGCGACCAUUCUUCAUCUGGCGAAACGCCUGCAAGCCCACAAGACCAGAACUGGCCACUCGAAAGAGUACAAACGUGGUUGAUCACCCACAAUUUCAGCAAGGAAUGGCAGUCGGCUUUUCGCCAUUUGAAUGUACAUGGUUCGCUGUUUCUCGACAUUGGCAGAAGUGGAGGGCAGAGAAAUAUUGGCUUCAUGCCGCAAACCGUCCUGCCUCAGGUUGCUAGAGAAUGUACCAACAACGGCGGGCUGUGGGAUCAAGCGAGGGAGCGCGAGGAGGGCAGGAGGCUGAGAAGGCUGGUAAGAGAUGUUAUAUCGACCGGCGGAGCCAGUACGCCUGCAACGGCUUUACCAAAACUUCCUCUGAGCAACAACAGGCGCGAGUCUGCUCAGCUCCUGGGUAGCGCUGGGACAGAUGGUGGCGUGGAGAACUCACCCGAUCUUUCAGGACCGAAAUACUCUCUCAACUCGUCAACUACACCAAGCACCGCAGGUACGGCAGGCGAUGAGUCGCCUGGCCACUCAAUGCCGACUAUCGCGCAACGGCGGUCGUCGCAGCAAAGGGCGGUGACGUACGACAGCGGCAUGGGUAACAGUAUUCGGAGCGACUUCACAUCCAGCCUUAUGGGAUCCAUCAAUGACAUACAGCGACGCCAUUCUCCCAGCGCAAGUGGUGAGUUGAGCGCAAAGGGUUUCUCAGCAUCGCCGCAACAAAGUCCUGGCAUGUCAAAUGCGCGCCCUGCGGGAACGAGUGGGCAGCGGUACUACAGCCAUCAACGCGGCGUAAGCAGCGAGACCAACAUCCCGAUCCAUGGAAGCAACCUCUCGCCCGGCCCGACUCGAGCUACUGCGGCUCAAAGAGCAGAUGGCGACAGCGCCUUCGCGAAGCCGCCUCCUGAAGACACUAGAAGGCGAAAUGGGGCUGAGGCAACUCGACCGCCUCCCGUGGAGAGCAGAUAUAGCGGCGAGACUCCAGCAAGUGCGCGAGAGCCCAAGCGUGGCUUUCUUGACAAGUUCCGCAAAACGAGGAGAGAUGACGCGCAUCCCUCGCCCGAAGAUGAAUUCAGUCCUUCAUCACCGUAUCCUCCCAGGGCACUACCAUCGAAGUCUUCCUCCAACGCGUUGUCAGAAACCGCCUUGGAGCGAGCGUCGAGUCGAAAGACCAAGAAUGGACAUCUCAGCGUUGAAUCAGGAACAUCUUACUUCACCGCACCAUCUGCCAAACCGCCAAGCGAGAGGAAAUUCGUUCUUGUCACGCCCGAUGCGUGGAACUAUCGUCUGAUAGAUAUCAGCGACGUCGAAAGCGCGGAUCACCUGAGGACCGUCAUAUGCUAUAAUCUGGGCCUCGGUGACUGCCCAGACGCCACGGUCCAUCUCACUAGCCCAGGACAGACGGAGCACGAUGAGGCCCUCGGGGACAGUCUGCUGAUGAAUGCGAAGAAGAACAUGGCGGACUCAAGUGGGAGUCUGAAGCUGUUUCUGCGCGUUCCAGAGAGCGCGGGCUUGGGCUUGCAGAACGUGCCACCGUCACCCUUUGGACGUGCCUCUUUCUCUGAUCGUCCGCUGGAUCCCAUGACUUUCAGCCGGUUGGUGAAUGGCGGAGUUACAGAUCUACCGGACAAGUCUGAGUUCGACAACCUACCGGAGAGCGAGCGCCAGGCUCUUCUUGAGGCGAAGGCAGAGGAGCAUAGAAGAGAGAAUGAACGGAAGCAAAGGGCUUAUCUGGAGUCCAGGAGGGAGAAGAUUGGCGAGAAGAGGAUCCACGACUUUGAUGCGCCCUCCAGACCGGUUUCAUCUGGCAGUACGGACUUGGAGAAGAGGAGCGAUUUGGUGCCUAUGCGCAGGCCGCCUCCUGUGCCGGAGCCGACGACUACACUUGCCAAGGCGAACAGCUUGACCAAGAAGGGUGCGCCGAACACGAUUCGCACCAGCUGGCCGAACCGGAAGGAGGAGCCAUGGAAGCGAAUCUCUGGUGGCUCGAUCAAGGAGGAAGAGGAGAAGAGGCCAGGUAGUCAUGGUAUUGCCGGUGCCUUGGUCGGUGCUGGUAUGGCUGCAAGGAGCUUCGGGACGCCUUCAAGCACGCCAAGUUCUGGAUUGCAGAAGAGCUCGACUGCGCCGGACCUCAACAACAACACCUCACGUCAGCAGUUUAAGCCUUCCGCUUUGUCAGAUGUUCACUUCAAUAAGCACCACAACAAUGCUCGCAACGCUAGUCCUGCAUCGCCGAGGAGUCCUUUCACGGCUUCGAAGGGCGGGCAGGUGUUUAAGAUACCAGACUACGUUGAGAACGACGAGGGUGCUGGCGACGAGGAGGACACAUUGAAGGCGAAUGGACAGCCUAGCCUGACGCUGAGUAUUCCGACCAACCCGACGGUUAACAGAGUCAAGAGCAGUAGCGGCAGGAGUCCUGAAGUCAGCCCUAGCACUAGCGCUCCGGCACCUGGUCGCUUGAACCGACGAAGUACACGACGCGGGCCUAGCUUUGAGCUGCCAGAGCGGCAAGUUGACUUCCAGCCGAGCCCGGCUAUGGUGCAGGAAGAGAGCGAAGACUCGGAUGACGGACUAUUCGCUAUCCCCAUCCGCUCGGCAAAGGACACCAAGGCUACCAGCGCCAAAACACCGUCGUCUGCAAAGGCCAGGGACGUCCUCGGCAUUACUGCCGAUACACCGAAUCGCUCACCGAACAGGCCAGAACUCAAGGUCAAGACGUCCAGGUCGAACGUCAAGUUUGGUUCUCCGCUUGAUAGAAAGGUCAACGACGACGCUUCGGAUGGUAUCGAGCGACAAGUGCCGACUUCUGCCUCUACGGGCCAUCCUUCCACCGACUCGCCGGAGGAGUUUGGCGCCUUUGCAAGAGAACAUCGCCGAGAGAGUUUUGCUAGCGAGGUGUGGGCGAAUCGUCCACCUGCUGAGGGCAUUGUGGAGCACCUUGACGCUUUCUUCCCGAACGUGGAUCUGGACCAGCCGUUGUUGGACGAGGCCGGUGCUGACGGUGCUGCUGCGGAUGGCAGUCCUGUGUCAACGGACAAGUCUACGGACAGAUCGACAUUGAGCACGAAGGCUUCGUCGCAGGAUCUGGCCAGCAGCCGUAGCGUCACACCCAUGUCGAGUGCUGAUGAGGGAGAUAGCUAUGGCGCUGAUGCUACCAGCGGGAUGACGAAGAGUGACAAGCAUACCAGUGUCGCUGCACGCAACAUGCGCAAAGCAGGAGGUCUUGGCAGGAUCAAGAGUAUCCGUGAUGUGGUGAAGAACAACUACAACGCCGCGCCGAAUGCGCAAGCGCAUAUGUCGACGUCUUCGUAUGGUUCGUCGCGAGCGAGUGGAGUUUCCAUGGCGAAUGCGCCGUUGAAUAGAGUUAGUGUGCUGAAGAGUGACAGCAGUAGCAUCGUCCGUCGCAAGAGCACGAAGAUGUUCGGCGCUCGCAUCGAGCAAGUCAAGCCGCAAAGAGGUAGCAGGCUGAUCAGCAACCUGGACACCAUCCCGCAAGACACGAUACCAGCCGGAAAUGUCCAGCACGCGAAGGCGCCAGAGAGACAGCCAACCUUCAAAUGGAUGCGCGGUCAGCUCAUCGGCAAAGGCACCUUCGGCCGCGUCUAUCUCGGCAUGAACACCACGACCGGUGAACUGCUCGCCGUCAAGCAAGUCGAAGUGCACCACAGCGCGCCCAACGCUGAUCCAGCCAAGAUCCGCGAAAUGGUGAAAGCCCUCGACAUCGAAAUCGACACGAUGAAGGACCUCGACCACGUCAACAUCGUCCAGUACCUCGGCUGCGAGCGCAAAGAAUACAGCAUCUCCAUCUUCCUCGAAUACAUCUCCGGCGGCAGCGUCGGCUCCUGCUUGCGCAAACACGGCAAAUUCGAAGAAGCCGUCGUCUCCUCCCUUACGCGGCAAACGCUCAACGGGCUCGCCUACCUGCAUUCAGAAGGGAUCCUGCACCGUGAUCUCAAAGCCGAUAAUAUCCUGCUGGAUCUGGAUGGGACGUGCAAGAUCUCCGACUUUGGCAUCUCGAAGCGCUCUGCUGACCCUUACCACAACGAUAUCACCAACAGCAUGCAAGGCUCCGUCUUCUGGAUGGCGCCGGAAGUCAUCCGCGCGCAGUCACAACCGGGCGGUGCUCUGGCGCAGGGUGAAGAUAUCCAUUCUGCCAAUGCGAUGAACAAGGGCUACAGCGCCAAAGUCGACAUCUGGUCGCUUGGCUGCGUAGUGCUAGAGAUGUUUGCGGGCAGAAGGCCUUGGAGUAAGGAGGAGGCGAUUGGUGCGAUCUUCAAGCUGGGGAGUUUGAACAUGGCGCCGCCGAUUCCGGAGGAUGUGUCGGAUGUCGUGGGGCCGGCGGCGAUUAGUUUCAUGUUGGAUUGUUUUACUAUCGAACCGGGUGAACGACCGACGGCCGAGACGAUGCUGCGCGCGCCGUUCUGCAUCUCGGAUCCGAAUUAUAACUUCUUGGACACGGCGUUGUAUGCGAAGAUUAGGGGCGCGUUCUGA